CCAAGGUCAACGAAGGGUGUUUGAUUCAGGGAGUUGAUAUUAGUACUAAUGAAGGAUUGUUAUGAAAAGAUAAAUGGAUCGCUAACCGAAGUUCCUUUUGAAGUAGUUGAAGAUUUGAACCUGUUAAAAAUAAAUCUAUCAAAUAACCAAAUAAAGGAAAUACCCCCCUUCAUCAAGAGGUUAUCUUUACUGCAAAAACUAAUAAUUUCCCAAAAUUCAAUAACAGAGUUGCCCCGAGCUCUUGGGAAAUUGGUGUCACUAACUUUUCUGGAUGUGUCUCAUAAUUCAUUAAUAUCUAUCCAUCCUUGUGUUACGGUUUUACGGAAUCUUGUUCAUCUGGAUCUUUCCUAUAAUCUACUCGAAUUUCUCCCCGCCGAUUUCGGAUCUUUGUCCUGCCUUGAGCAAUUUGUCUGUAGUCACAACCAGCUAAAAACUCUGCCUCGUUCUAUUGGCCUCUGCAAUCGUCUCACUUACUUGGACCUCUCUUACAAUCUCCUAACCGAACUCCCCCGCGAACUGGCAAAUCUUUCCGGAAAUCUUGUCCAUCUUGAUAUCUUUCAUAAUCGGCUUAAAAAUGUCCCUCCUUUUAUUACUGCGAAGGGGACUGCCGCUAUUCUCUUGCAUCUUAAGCUAAACAGCUACGACAGCGGAUCGUCCAGAGCUUUUAGCCCUGCUCGACCCCUCUCCGAAUUAAAGCAGAUGAAAAUAACUGUACACGGCUGUAAAAUUCUUGAAUCUAACCGAACCUGGACUGGACCACUCUCUUCGGGCUUGUAUGUGGAGGUUGUGGUAGAUGCUGAAAGGGGCGCACCUUCGCGGUACCGCACUAAAACCUGCAAGAAUUUUUCUGAGCCCGUGUGGAACGCCUCUUUUACUUUCCUUUUUAAUCCGAACUUCAAGGUGGCGGCUUUUUUAUACGCCAAAAUGAUCCUCGGUCCUGCUCUUCUGGUGGCCAGCGCGUCUAUUCCAACAAGCGGCGUCACUGAAGAUACCGAUCUUUCGGUGCGGCUCUCUUCUGGCUCAGAAGGUUCAGUGGGCAGCGCAAUUUUAGGAUUAAAGGUGGCCAUUGCCAACGACUCUGGUGUGCCUCUGCAUCCAAACACCUCAGUUUUAUCUUCAAAUGUGUCGUUGGAUACGCCUCUGACGAUCCGUACUGAGGCCGCCUUAUUAUCGAGCGCAAGAGUUGCUGAAGCACAACGUGGGAACUCCGAGCAAACUUUUUCUUCGAUGUCUUCUUCAAACUACUCAAGUUCGAGAAUUAACAGUUCGGACCUCCCGCCAGGAUGGGAGAGGAGGGUAGACAGCCAGAGGCGUAUUUUUUAUGUAGAUCACAACACGCGAACAACAACCUGGGAUCCCCCAAGCGCUAAUGAACUUCCGCCAGGGCUGGAGUUGCGCUAUGAUCACCGCGGUCGCCUAUUUUACGUUGACCAUGUGACCCGGACUACGUCUUGGUAUCGGCCAAGUUUGGACCAGGAAGCGGGUUUAGCUAGAUUAAAUCAGCGCUCGGCUUUAGGUGCGCUCCAAGUAACAACUUUUCCUGGUCUUGAACGCAAUCAGACUGCCGAAGUUCCCGCCAUUGAUCCGGCUACACUUCCUCUGCCGCCAUACUGGGAGGAGCGGAUGACUCCGACAGGAAUCCGAUACUACUUGAACCAUCUCCUGCAACGGACUCAGUGGACAGACCCGAGAUCUGAGUGGUUUGUCCCUACGCACGCGUGUCGAAUUUCAGCAUAUAGCCUGCGCAGUGCCCAGAUGCCCCUGCCAAUAGGGUGGACGCAGAGCGUGACUAUGGGGGGCAGAGUGUUUUUUAUUGACCAUAUAAACCGCCGCACACAGUUUGAAGAUCCGAGGUUGGACCCCACUUACAUAGAACAAAUGGAGAAGGUAAAUGCAAGCGUGCCGCGGUACAUCCGUAACUUCCGCCACAAAAUGUUUCUUCUGCACCAAACAAUUGAGCAACUGCAGCAGCAGGGAGAAUUUAAGGUUGAAUGCAGACGAGGAUCCAUUUUUAGUGACUCUUACGAACAGAUCAUCCACGCGCCCCUCUUGCAUCUUCACCAGCGACUGGUCGUGUCGUUUAUAGGCGAGGAGGGGCUUGACUACGGCGGCAUUUCCCGCGAAUGGUUUUUCCUUCUAUCGAAUGAAUUUAUGAAUCCCAACUAUUGCUUGUUCGAAUACGCCACUUCGAGUCGCAAUACGUUAAAAAUAAAUUCCGAGUCGGGCAUAAAUCCAGAGCAUUUGUCGUACUUCAAGUUCAUUGGACGCAUUGUGGGGAUGGCGGUUUUCCAACGCAAGUUUAUCGACUGUGGCUUCACUCUGCUCUUUUAUAAAAAAUUGCUUGGACGUUCGUUGCAGCUCGAGGACCUGGAAAGCUUAGACGUGGCGGUGUACAAGUCGUUGAAAUGGAUCUUAAAAAACUCUUUGGCCGGCUUGGAUCUCGGAAUGGUGUUUGCCACCGAUUAUGAAAAGUUUGGUUUCAUUAAAAACAUUGAACUAAAGCCCGGUGGAGCAGAGAUAGAAGUUACUGAUGACAACAAAGCUGAAUAUGUCGAGUUGAUGCUAAAUUUUCAUCUCAAUUACGGCACUGAAGAUCAAAUGCUUGCUUUCACGCGCGGCUUCGAAGAUGUUAUAUCCGUGGAAAAACUUCAGAUGUUUGAUGAAAGGGAACUCGAGGUGUUGAUCUGCGGAGUCACCGAAAUCGACGUGGACGACUGGGAAAAGAACACCGUCCUCCGCGAAUUCGCCAGAGACUCGAAGCAAGUAAUAUGGCUGUGGCAGUGUGUGAGAGCGUGGGACAACGACAUGCGCGUGAGGCUUCUGCAAUUUGUAACGGGGUCCUGUCGAGUCCCCGUCGGCGGAUUUAAAGACUUACAGGGAAACAAUGGACCGCAGCUGUUCUGUAUAGAAAAAGAAGGUCAUGAAAAGGCGCUUCCAAGAAGCCACACGUGCUUUAACCGUUUAGGGCUCCCCCCCUACCGAAGUUACCACCAACUGGUGAAAAAAUUAACACAGGCGAUCGAGGAGACGCAAGGGUUCACACAGGAGUGAAUGUUCAUCAGGUCAGCUUCUUUGAGGGUGAGACCCAUAAGCUCACUGAGCCGUUUGUUGUGGAAGAGAAGCUAAAGUCAUUAAUAAAACUCAUUGAAACAAA